AACUGUGACUCGCUCACUCGUCGAUCGUUGCGCGUCCGAAACAGGAGUCAAUUUCUCCUAUCCUCUCGUUCCCAUUCACACCACCCAACAUACACGAUGACUGGUCUCGCAGAUCCCAUGUCCUUCGCGAAGGAUUUUAUCGCCGGUGGAGUUGCUGCCGCUGUUUCCAAAACUGCGGUAGCGCCAAUUGAGCGAGUCAAGCUUUUGCUCCAGGUUCAACACAUCUCCAAGCAAAUCGCGGAGGACCAACGUUACAAGGGAAUGGUCGAUUGUUUCGUCCGUAUUCCAAAAGAACAAGGAUUUCUCAGUUUCUGGCGUGGAAACUUCGCCAAUGUUAUUCGUUACUUCCCCACUCAAGCUUUGAACUUCGCCUUCAAAGAUAAAUACAAGCAGGUGUUCCUUGGUGGUGUUGACAAGCACACUCAGUUUAUGCGAUACUUCCUUGGAAAUCUCGCUUCCGGUGGUGCUGCUGGAGCCACGUCUCUCUGCUUCGUCUACCCUCUUGAUUUUGCAAGAACCAGGUUGGCCGCAGAUGUAGGUAAGGCCGGAGCAGGGCGUGAGUUCACAGGAUUAGGAAAUUGUUUGACCAAGAUCUUCAAAGCUGAUGGACUCGGUGGACUCUACAAGGGAUUCGGUGUAUCGGUCCAGGGUAUCAUUAUCUACCGAGCAGCCUACUUUGGUUUCUAUGACACCGCUCGUGGUAUGUUGCCCGACCCUAAGAAGACGCCAUUCCUCGUUUCGUGGGGUAUUGCCCAGUGCGUUACCACCGUAGCUGGUAUUGUCUCGUAUCCCUUCGACACUGUGCGUAGGCGUAUGAUGAUGCAGUCUGGCAGAGCCAAGGGUGAUAUUCUUUACAAGAGCACGGCUCACUGCUGGGCAACUAUCGCCAAGACUGAGGGUUCUGGUGCCUUCUUCAAGGGAGCCUUCUCCAAUGUUCUCCGUGGUACUGGCGGUGCCCUAGUACUUGUAUUGUACGAUGAAAUCAAGAACCUUCUCUAAGAAAGACACAAUUAGGGUCCUCACCUCAUUACCAUUACCGAUCACAGAAUUCAUCAUCUCCAUUACCACUAAAUCCCCUUACCAUCUUCUAUGAAAGUAGCAGUCUCCACACCGAGAGGCAGGAAAUAGACUGCCGACAAUUUCAUAAAUAGCCCGGGCUGAGAGCGAUCGGUAGCGGCUCGCGAAACUCGUGAAACUCGGCAGAUAAGGAGCUCGAGAAAUCUCAAUCUCUGAGCUCUCUAGGAUAGAAUUCGCUUAAUUUAUUGCCGGAUUCAGUAUUUUCCUAAGCCUUUCGGAACACGCUACUCACUUCCUUCUGCCUGCGACGUGCGCGAUGGGGGCGCAGGGUGAAUUAAAAUAUUUGUGAAAUUGAACGCACACGUCGUUUGAAGGACUAACUGAUGGGCGUGCAGGACAGGCCGUUCGGAAGAGAGUUAUUGCAGACGGUGUGUGUCGCUCGGGUCUGUGAAGCUGAUUACACGAACAUCAAACUAUGGAAAACUAGCUAACAAUCGUUGAGAGCCAAUUACUAACUGUUGAGAGCGAGAGAGGGACGCGCGGCGAAAGAUCAUCAACGGCGAUGGCGGGGCGCGUAGACCUGGGCCGCCCCCCGCCCUUAUUCUCGGCCCAUUGUAGAUAAUUAAUAAUUCGUAAUUAUUGAUGAAAGCGAUCAUUGUAAUAUCGAAUCCACCAUAACUUAGGCGGAUGGUUAUUGAAUUUCGCACUCCCGACGUCUAUCUUGUAAGAUACAAAUGAAAGAGCGCAAGAGGUAACUCUGAUUGUAUACAUCUAAUCUGUUCAUGUUCAGGAUGUGUGCAGAGAAGGCGAGAGAUCAAUAAAACUGAAAAAGGAAAUGCAA